UGAAACGGGAUCACGAUAUGAAUGAUGUCUGUGUAUGAUAGAAAUUUUGUCAUCAAAUUUGUUUGCGAAUGUAGGGCUCCCAACAGUUUAGAGGGGCUUUAAGAGAGUUCAAUUAAGACCGGGCCGAAACGAGUAUCAGACAGUGGAAAAACAACAUUAGGAAGUUUAGUUUAUUAUUACAAGAUGACAUAAUCAUGCCUUCGAUGACGCUCACCAAGCCUCGCAAGAAGCGAUGCGUUCACCAGCCAGAAGAAGCCCCGUUCCCCAUCCCGAUUGAGACGAUCACGAACAAGCCAGCUACCAACCGCAAUUGGUUCUUCUAUCAAGCCCAGAUGAUUGAUAAUAAUGUCAUCGUUCAGAAUGAGGGAGACAUUGUGUUUCUGAGUAAGAUGGGUUUCUUCGGGAAAGGGAUUCUAUCACGGAGUAAACCAGAACAUCAGUUCUUUGCCUCUUCUUUCCAGGGAUCACAAAGGAGAAACUUACCCCCGAAAGAGCGAAGAUUUCAACAGCAGAGAUUCCAGCAAGUACGUCAGCACAAAUACGAGAGGCAUCUUUCAUGGCAGAAGCAACUCUCAUUACAGCGAAGUCGUCGUGAUCAUGGAGAGGUAAAAGAACCCCCGACUACCUUGAUCAGUGAGGACUCGAUGCAGAAUCCAUCCUACAGGGUGCCCACCGUACCGGCCAAACGAGUGAAGCGCGCCACCAUCUCUGAGCGUAACCAGCGAGCAGGGAUCAUGACGACCACCGACCAUAAGAAGGAGCUGCCAGCACCGUGGUUGGUCCCAGAGAGCAAGGAUUUAUCGGUGGAUUCUAGCCAGCCUGGAAGAGAUGGUCAGAGGAUGGCCUCAGAGGAUGCCAUUGUACCCUCUACCCACCAGGCACAUCAUGGACCUACGAUGCAAAUACCAACGUUAGCACCGUCCAGAGAUGGGUGGGAGACUGCGGAUGUGGACGGGAACGGUAGAAUCAAAUCACCUAGGAGUCAUUCUGGAGAGGAUGUUGAGAGCAGACAAGAGGUUUCUUGUCGUCUUCCUGGUGUGGAUCAUCUUCGUGGUACGGAUGACUCUGAAGCGAGUAAGUUUGUCUUCCAAUCCGAGACUUCCGGUGUGCGGCACACCGUCAGCUCUAGUGAACCAACCUCAUCUUGCCUUCCGAAUUCAGUCUCUGGUAAAAGCAGUCAACGUGGUGAUGCCAGUGAGAAGAUGUUAUCAUCGGGACAAUCUGAGUCAGUCUGGGAAACCAGACAUGCAGACUGGGCUAACUGCAUGGAAGGAAGGAGGGAGGGAGAUGCAGGACAGGACGAGACAAAGAAUCACAAAGGUCUGCUUGACAGUUCCAGGAACAGAACAAGUGUCUGGUCUAUGUCUUCUUGGAGGACAGACCCUAAAGAUUGGGAUCAAGAUCAAGACGGCGAGAGCAAAUUGAGAGCCCAGUUCCAAUCGGGACAAAGGCAAGAGGGGAUUAGUAACCGGGAGAACACCGGACCUUCUCAAACGAUGGAAUCAGAGUCUGUCCACAAUGGUGGGCAGGAUGGAGUAACAGAUGGAGCUCCAAUGACUUCAGGGUUAGGAAUGGAUCAAACGUCCAUCGAGGGUGAGAAGAAGAGGUCGAGUGGACACCUCUCUUGGAGCGAGGAAUGGACCAGCAAUCCUAGGGACUGGGAUAUGGGCGAUGAGGACCAGGCCCUGAUUUCUACAACCCUGGACCAGGUCCACAAGGACUCUGAGGAAGAAGACCAGGGGUUUGAUGAUAGCUGUGAAGUCUCUGAACAGCAGAGUGAUCAAAUGGAGCCUUCCACUUCAAAGAAGUCCCUCGAGUCUAAUAAGGCCCCGGAAAGAGACACUGAUUGUAACCCUAGCAAUGCUGAGGAUUCCUUUGUCGCUGUGCCUACUCUGGUGGAGUUUGAAGAUGCCACCACAAGCCAGACGGAGAGCAAUAACAUCCUAAGUCUCAAAGGCAGAGAUGCACGCAAGAAGAUCCGUGAAGUAAACAAAGGUCCUGUUAGACACAAGGACCCGUAUCCAAUCUUUGAAUAUCUUCAGCUCAGCUAUGAGGAGGCCUUCUUCUUGUCCUACGGUCUUGGAUGUUUGAGCCUGAGAAACGCCAAUGAGGAACAAAUGGAUCUUACGGAGAUGUGGAAGACUUUCCGGCGCCAUCAGCCAAGCUUCGUGGCUAACUACAUUGUAUAUCACUUCUUCCGAAGCAAGGGAUGGGUGCCCAAGACGGGGCUCAAGUUUGGAGCAGAUUUUAUCCUAUACAAGAAGGGUCCACCUUUCUACCAUGCCAGCUACUGUGUGUAUGUCUUCAUGAUCAAUGAGGAGGACAUCGACCACCAAGGCAUCCACAAGAUGAACUGGGCCUCUCUUAUGGGCAGGGACAGGGUCAUUGAGAAUGCUGCCAAGGAGUUGAUGUUCUGCUUUGUUAUCAAGCCCAGUAAGCUCCUGCAGAAGGACCUAGAUUCACCGGCCUGCAUCCCGCACUUCAAGGUCCAGGAGAUGGUGAUGAAGAGAUGGGUUCCAUCCCGGGGACGACACCAAGAACCGCUUGAGGAAGAACUCUCCUAGGGCCGUGCAGGGUUAGGAGGAGAUCCUUAAAAAACUUUUCAGUGAGGUGAACAACGUGUGUGUGUAAUUGGGUUUUUACAGACUUGUAUUAAUCAGAUAUGAUAAUUAACGUCUGGGGACUGACCUUUAGCGCCACUAUCCGAAAGAGUUGACUCAGUUUUGAACUUGCGUCCUCGGCCUAAUCAGUUUGUAACUUCCAUUGUUAGCUGGAUUACAGGCGCACACCACAACACCCUGUAAGCCACCACAGAGUACAGAUAAUGUGCGUUUGUAAGCCUGCCAUUGGGAUAACAAUCUUACCAUCCUCAAAGCGCAAGAAAGAUCUUGUGGCAAGCUUUAUAGCCUCUGAAGAAGAUCUUGCUUGCAACAGGGUGUAAAAGGGUGCCUGAGGGUACUGCCUUUUGCCCUGUGGCAGCCAAUUUACUCAUUUUUGUAUUACUACUGUUAUUAAAACUUAUUAUUCAGUCUUUUUAAGCCUGCCUUUGGGAAAACAAUCUUAUCAUCCUAAAGCGCAGGAAGGUGUCUUGACAACAAGAACACCAUGAAGAAGAACGCUACUAGCAACCUUGCAAGACAAAUUGAUCCCUUUUAUAA